AUGUAUGAAAUCUUUGAUUAUCUCAAUGAAUAUGAUAUUUAUGAAUCAUUUUAUGAUCUUAAUCAACGUUUUAAAAGUCUUCUUAUUGAAUCAAAUUUGCCAAUUAAAAUCAAAUUUCCAUCUAUAUCAAAAUUAAAUUUAUAUCACUAUUAUCGUCGAAUAGUUAUUCCAAACAAACAUCGAAUAACUUUACUUCAUUUAACAAAUCCAUUUACACUUGAUCUUAUUUUUUCAUCAUCAUUUUUCAUUUUAAAAUUCACUCGACUUCAAACACUUAUUUUUGAUAAUAUGCAAGCAAAAUAUCUUGAAGAUAUGGUCGAUAAUAUUAUUCCUUAUCAUUUACCGAAUCUCUCUUCAUUAAUCAUUCAUGUUGUUGAUCAAAUUCAAUUUCCAAGCUUUUUUUAUAGUGAAAUUUUUUCUUUAUCAACUUUAAGUUAUUGUAAAAUUACAUGUGAAAUAAAAAAGGAUUCUAGAUUAUCGUUACUUAUUGAUGAUGACGACGAUGAUGAUGAUGGUGGUAAUAAAUACAGUCCUAUUGAAACUCUUAUUAUUAAUGACCAUUUUUGUCUUGAGGAAAUGAAAGAUAUUCUAUCUUAUUUUCCUAAUCUUCAUCGUUUAUCAAUUGGUUAUCUUGAUGAAUUUCGUAAUAAACAACUAAAAAUCGAUCCAAUCAAUUUAAAGGCUUUAACAGAGUUUAAUCGUAAACUGGAAUUUCUGUAUUUUAAUUAA